AUGGCUGUCUCGUUAGUAGGUCAGCGUCGGUCCUUCGACGGUCAGCUUUGUACCAUUCGCUAUGUGGGCGCUGUUGAAGGCACAAGCGGCACCUGGCUGGGCAUUGAAUGGGACGAUCCGACCAGAGGAAAACACUCAGGAGAGCACAAGGGCGUGCGAUAUUUUGAAUACCAGUCACUUACACAGUUGACAGGCAAAAGCAAUCACCCCACGGCGGGGUCUUUCGUACGCCCCUCCAGGCCAUCAGAACCGCCGCGCAGCUUCGUGGAAGGCUUGCGAGAAAAAUAUGCCUCGGAAUACGAGUCGCAGCUUGUAUGGACAUCUAAGCCAGCUGAAACGCCCACCCAAAGGGCCAUUGAGAUCAGCGGCAAGGUCGUUGAGGAGGUCGGCUUUGAUAAGAUUCGCAGGCAACUUGCAGAGCUGCAGGAAUUGCGCAUCGUUCUCCUAGAUGGACUACGUAUUGCGGGCGUACUUCCAUCGUACGAGCAACCUGAAGAUCAAGUUCGCAAGUCUGCUCAAAAUAUUGCAACUACAUGUCCCAGGAUCAUCGAGUUGGAUCUCAGCCGCAGUCUAUUGAAUAGUUGGCGCAACGUUUGGGAGAUCUGCAACCAGCUGAAAAGGCUUAAAAAGUUGAAAGUGAAUGGAAAUCGUUUCCAUCCUCUGGAAGAUGGGUUGGUCUUUGACGGCAUCACCGAUUUACAUUUGGAAGAAACCCUUCUUAGCUGGAAUGAGAUUGCUGAAUUGGCAUCUCGCUUUCCUACACUCGCGUCUCUCAUAGCGUCUGGCAACCAACUCGGCACGAUACCUCGCCCCCUUGCCAGCGCCAUCACAUCCCUGACCCUUGAACACAAUAACAUCACAUCUCUGUCUUCCAUUCGUCAUCUUGCAGGGAUUCCAACUCUCGAACACAUCUCCUUGCGAGGAAAUAACAUCAGCACUAUCACGGACGAUCCGAAAUCCCCAACCCUAGACUUCCAAUUCCCGGCAUCUGUCUACUCUGUUGAUCUCUCACGAAACGAUAUCUCAUCAUGGACAUUCCUUAAUAGUCUUCCGACUCUUUUCCCAGGUAUUACGACUCUUCGCAUCUCGAGCAAUCCUCUAUACGAUCAGCCUCCUCUUCCUCCUGCCAUCGCAGCUGCCACAUCAACAAUGAGCGCCUCCAAGCCCAUGACAGUGGACGAGGGAUUCAUGCUCACUCUAUCCCGUUUCCCCCCAUCUCUCUGCACUCUUAAUUUCAGCACAAUAUCGCCACAGGAUCGCUCAAAUGCUGAAAUGUACUACCUCUCUCUCAUCGGCAAAGAGCUCACUGCCACCUCCGAAGCAGAAGAAGCUGGUGUUCUCGCCACCCACCCCCGCUACAGCGAACUGUGUGAACUAUACGGAGAACCCACAGUUACCAGGGCUGUAGAGGACGAUGGCUCCGGCAGAAGACUGAUCCAUCCCCGAUCCGUUGCGGCGCGGGUGGUCAAGAUGGUAUUCCGGCUCUCGGACUCGCAAUUCUGUACAAAGGAAAUCCCGACGUCUUUCGACGCGUAUCAGGUGAAAGCUCUCGUUUCUCGACUAUUCGACCUUCCUCCGUAUGGUUUCAGUCUUUUCUGGGAAACUGAUGAGUGGGAUCCCAUUGAAAAGUCAACCGGGGACGCGGCCGCCGGCGAUUGGAGCGAAGACAGUGACGAUGAAGUUCAAGCACCAGCUCCAACACCAUCGGGGGGCAUGAGCCGGUUCGUGAGGAGGGAAGUUGAGCUGGUGGAGUCAACGCGAGAUAUAGGCUUCUUAUUUCAGGGAACUAGUGGCGAGAUGAAAAUCAGGAUUGAGGUGCCUAUUGUAUAG